AGUGAUUUUUUUUUAUUAAGUGGAAUGCCGGCAGGGUACUCGGGCACCCACGAAACUGAACUGAUCAUAUCUCCGUCAAUUUUUCACCGAUUUUAAUAAUGUUUGGCUCAUUCAAUUCAAACACUCAUUAUCACCCCUGGGGAAAUAUUUGGUUAGACUGAUCUGAUCACCGUGGUUUUAGAAAAAUCCGCAUUUUCGAGAACAUGUCCUUAUACCAUGGCCAGCCAUGGUCCCACAGGAAGCCAGUUCCGAAAUCACAGCUUCAAAGUCAACACGUUUUAUGAUCCCAGGCUCGUCAGAUACUAUAUGCUGGAACAAUUUUAGGAUGAUUGAUACCGAUAUUGCUACUAACGUUCCAAAAAUCCCAUACAUGAGCAUGAGCAUAGAUGACCACACAAUUCGUAGUUGCUACUCCGUGAUUGACCGGAGCAAUCGAAACUGCACAGAGAACCAAUGAAUGGGGCUUGGGACUAACACAGCAUUCUCAAUGUACACAGUUAAAGAACUCUCAACUAUAUUAAGGCCAAUAACGGCGCCGGCCACGUCCUUACGGUCAUCUAUGAUUGGAAGGAUUGUUAGUAAGAUAAACGGUGUUAUAGAGUUCGAGAAUCGCUGCACCUCCACGUUUGUCUCAGGAAGGAAUUCUUGUUAGUAGGGAAGGGUAACCACCAUUGUCGAUCUAGGAGUCACCCAUGGUUGGUGAUACGAUAUGACAAUGAUACAAACCGCCGCCCACAACCGACCUUUUUUUCACGUGAAAACAAGCCAAAAAGAAAAUUCUAUCGUGCAUCUUCACACUAGGGAGCAGAAACCUUUAAUCUAUUCCACACAGAAAGGAACUGAACGUGAGGCUAAAGAUGCCAGUACACAGAGUCAAAUAUUUGUCUAAAAAAUGUCAAACAGAUAUUGCUUCUUGAGUUCUUUCCUUGUCACAUAUUUGACCCUGUGUACUUGAGGCCUUAGCUUAGAAGUCUACUGAUUUAGAUAAACUUGAAUCGAGUAUAGAUAGAAAUGUUUACUACAAACUAUAAACAAAAUCCUUUGGAAAGUUGUUUAGCCACCAUAUUUGUAAUUCGCCAACGAUCCCGUACAUUGUAUUGUAUAAAAAGAUGGACCCGGAAAUUCAGAUUUUCUGGCACCCACGGUGAUUGGACAGUAGCAUGGGACACGCUUGUAUGAAAAAAAUAAAUCCUCGCUCCAGUUGACUUUUUGGAUUCCAUUUAGGUCCCAUAUAAACUGUGCGAAAUUUCAGCGCGAUCGGUGAAACUAUAAUUUAGCGCAAGCGCUUCAAAGUUUGCAUAGGAUUUACUAUAGGAAAUGUAACACUUACAGAAAAAAAUCCCAGAGGGCGCCCCUUAUCUCCUUAAUUCAAAUCGAUCCACGCUCCUUGUGGAAAAUUCAUCCAUGAAUCAUUCCUUCGAAGACCGCAAAACGAUUGGAAGCUUGUGAAAAAAGUUAUUUAAUUAUUACCUACCAACUAGUAAUCCGACUAAUGGCUCAUUGUUUUGAUUUAUCAGCAGCACUGCAGCUGCCGCUGUUGUAUGGGGUGGCGGGAGGCGUCACCACCCCCAGCAACAGCAGCAGCCAAAGCAGCAGCUGCAGUGCUGCUAAUAAAACAAAGCAAUGAGCCAUUCGUCGGAUAACUAAUUGGUAAUAAUUAAAUAACUUUUUUCACAAGCUUCCAAUCGUUUUGCGGUCUUCGAAGGAAUGAUUCAUGGAUGAAUUUUCCACAAGGAGCGUGGAUCGAUUUGAAUUAAGGAGAUAAGGGGCGCCCUCUGGGAUUUUUUCUCUGUAAGUGUUACAUUUCCCAUAGUAAAUCUUAUGCAAACUUUGAAGCGCUUGCGCUAAAUUAUAGUUUCACCGAUCGCGCUGAAAUUUUGCACAGUUCAUAUGGAACCUAAAUGGAAUUCAAAAAGUCGACUGGAGCGAGGAUUUGAAUUUUGUCCCAUGCUAUUGGACAGGUCCAACCAAAUAUUAUCUCGAUAAAAAAUGAGUUUCUGAGAUUAAUAUUUUUUUUAAAUUGGCGGGAGUUUCACGGAGAUAUGAUCAUUUUAAUUUCAUGGGUACCCGGGUGCCCUGCCGGCAUUCUACGGGUUCUUUUUGUUGGCCACACAACGGUUAAAGCACGUCUACGAACGCCUGUGAUACGCAUUCCUUCUUUUCUUAUUUUUUUUAAUUUGAUAUUGCUUUGUACUUUAGUGUCAUUUUAUCCCGUAUAUCUUGAAUCGAAAAGUCUACUCAAACCGUAAAUUUCAUUUUGAUUUUCUGUAGGAAAAUCAUGGUUUAAGCUUUUCAUGAGGCGGCAUCCUGAUCUAAGCCUUCGAACUCCUGAAGCAGUGACGGCAGCUAGCUCUAAGGUGACGGAAAAGGAUAUUCGAAACUGGUUCCAAAAUGUCUUCAGCUAUCUGGUGGACAAUAACCUCACCGACGUAUUGCUGGAUCCUGCCAGAGUUUUAAACGGAGAUGAGACUGGAUUUAGUCUCAAUCCUGUUCCCAAACAAGUGAUCGCGGCAAAAGGUAAAAAGGACAUUUCUUUCGUUGAAUCUACCAACAGCAAGCAAAACAUAACAGUAAUGUUUUCGUUUGCUGCAAAUGGAAACGUUCUGCCGCCUGACGUCAUCAUAAAUCAAAAACGACCUAGCCGAGAAGUUCUACGUGCCUUCCCUGGAAGCUGGGGAAUCGGCUGUUCUGAAAAUGGGUGGAUGGAUACCACAAAUUUUGCACUCUACGUUAGAAAAAUCCUUUAUCCGGCAUUGAAGAGUGCAGGAACUACCUUUCCCGUGUUGUACUUUGUGGACGGCCAUAGUUCACAUACGGCGUUAGAGGCCGCCGAUGCCUGUGAAGCUCUAGGGAUAAUCAUGAUUGCUCUAUUCCCUAAUGCCACGCGAAUUCUGCAGCCAGCCGAUGUAGCCAUAUUCAAGCCGCUUAAAAACAGUUGGGGGAAAAUUGUGGAUGCUUGGCGAGCGGAUCACCCAUCGGAAAAAUUAACGCUGGUAACUUUCGGGCCAUUGUUGGAGGAAGCUAUGAGCUCUGCGUUCAAAGAGAACACAAUAAAAAACGGUUUUCGAGUGUGUGGAUUGCACCCUUUUGACGCUAAUGCGGUUGAUUACACAAAAUGUCUGGGCAAGAGUGCAACAGAUGAGGAUGUUGAAGACACAACUGCGACGAUGGAUCUGCAUACCGCUCCAACGAACGAUGAAAUGACCUCUGAGACUGAACGAUGCAUUGCAGUACCAGAAAGCGCAAUGGAGAUGGCAAUCGAAAUGAUUGGCCCAUCGAAAAUUAAUUUGUACCGCCUGGGAGAUUCAGGUAGCUUGUCUCCCGAGGACCGCGCACUAUGCUUCAUUUAUGAAAACAUAUUGCGGUUGAGAGAGCCUUACGUGGAGUGUACAGUUGAUAUCAACCAGGAGAAUACGCACAACGAAUCUAUUCUACAGCCAGAAAAUGUAUUUGAGGAUAUUGACGAGUUUGACGAUCCAAUACAAUUCAACGAUCCUUACGUGGAGUGUACAGUUGAUAUCCAUCAGGAGAAUACGCACAACGAAUCUAGCCCACAGUCCGAAAAUGCGUUUGAAGGUAUUCAAGAGUUUGGCGAUCCCAUCCAAUUCAACGAUAUGGAAAACGACGUAUUCGAUGAUCAGACCGGUGUUGAUUCUACUGCACAGAAACAUCAGAACCUGAAAGGUAAUUUAUUAAAUAAGCUUCUACCCAUUUAUCUAACAGAUAUCAACAACAAGCGAUCCAAAUCACAUUGCUUAAAGGUUCCUGUACGUGUUUUUCACUUCGAUCUCAUGUGCACUAUGUUCUUGCACGUAAUAGUAACGAUGUAUUGUUUUUGUAUUUUCUCACCAGAUGUCACUACACCACUACGCGACUUAACAAACCUAUCGGCAGCACCGACUGUUGAAGACUUUUUCGUUUCGCCCCCGACUCCAAAGAGGAACCCGAAGCACCGUCAUUAUGCCUAUCGAACCAACGCGAUACUAACGGCGUCAGAAAGAUUGGCAGAACUUGAAGUUUUGGAAACGAAGAAACAAGAGGUGAAAGAACUAAAAAAGAAAAGACUAGAAAUUCGUGAAAUGCGAAAAAAAGAGAAGGAAAAGCUUACGGAAGAAAGAAAGGCGAAGCAAAUCGAAAAGAAACAACUGAGAGAGUUAUCAAUUCAGCAGAGAACUGAAAAGGCACUAAAGAGAAAACAGGAAAGAGAUAAGAAGCAAGAGGAAAAAAUGUCUAAAAAACAGAAGAAGCAGAAGUUGCUAAUCUGAACAAGUUGAGAUAGAGAAGAGCAGGAUUAUAACAGUAGAGUAAAGAUAAGUAGAGAAAAUGAUGUUCAAUAAAUGAAUAAUUUUCCAAAUCUAAAUGUAACUAGCAAAUACUUUACUUAAAUCGAAAUAUACUUUAUUUUUACUAAAUUUACUUAGGGUCUGGGACCAUUUGGGCAGGAGCACCUAUUUUGGGCACUUGCUGCUAUAACUUAGUUAAUUUCAAACCAAUUUACAUGCAUUUUUGUACAUGGCUACAGUAUCUCACCAUAUACCUUAAAUCAAGUCAAUUGGUUAAAAACUGACUGAGUUACAGCAGCAAGUGCCCAAAAUAGGUGCUCCUGCCCAAAUGGUCCCAGACCCUAUUCUAAUUUUACAGCUUCUUUGUCCACGACGGCACUACGUGAGCGGGGUAUUUUUUAAUUACUGUGUAGGCCCGUAUACAGAAAAGGCAGUAAGGGAGGGGUUUUGGUUUUGCCUAAAUUCAGCAAAAGGCGGAGAGGCGCCUAGUAUGUGGAAAAUCGAAAUUUGGGGAGGGAUUGGGGGUUGGUAAACCCCAAAACCCUUUCCUUAUGUACGGGCUUGGUACAGAGUCUAUGAAUCAUUGUUUUAUUAACUAACACUGUUGGCGCUGAUCACUGCGCGUUGCUGCUUCUGUUGAACAUCGUCGUCGAUAGAACGAAAAACGCGGGGUGUUAUUGCUGUAUCUAUGCGAGUACAAUGCUUAUUGCAAGGUUUAUUGUCCGUGUGAGGCGCUUAAGAGAAACUAAAUCCAAUAUACAACGAUUGCGCAACAAUGGCAAUAAAUUGAUUCACUAAACAGCAUCAGUAGCUGCGUAAACCAUGAAUGUUUUGCUUUUUUAAAUGUUUCAUAAAAUUAUGAAUGAAUGAAAUAACGAGACGUUUACGCAGGAAAAUAUUUAACGUAGCGAUUUACGUUGUUUAGUACAUCCCCGUACAUAGUCGCAAUCUGCAUUUGUUCUGACAAUACACCUAAUACGACAUAAGUUUGUGCCAAAUUGAACAGAAUAGGGUCUUGAACCAUUUGGGCAGGUGUACCUAUUUUGGGCACUUGUCAUUAUAACUAAGUCAAUCUUAUACCUAACUAGCUGUCCCGGAAAACGUCGUACUGCCUCCUACUGUGUUUUUGACAUCCAGAAGAAAAGACCCCUCAGAAUGGAAUUUUAGAUUUUCCCGUUUUUGGUACCAGUACGCAGUUGUGAAGAAAUAACAGUUCAAAUGGCACUAACUGUAAACAGUUUCUGACAGGAAUCGGUCAAGCAAAAUAGAGAAAUAGAUUGAAAAUUGGUAAAUAUACGAGUAGUUCUAUUUGGUUGGCACCCGGGUAACCUGCCGGCUACCACCUUAUAAAUAUAGGAACUCGUCAUCCUGCACAUCCUCGCUUUUCAAUUAGAUUUUUCCUUCCCAUAGAUAUAUAUUUAAAUGUUGUUGGAUCUAGCCGAGUCUGUACUUCUUACUAUCAAAAACCAUUUGAGUAAAGAAAAUUGAAGUCGUAAAAAGUGUGUGGGGUAUCCUGCCAGCAACACUAGGAUUAACGACGUUUAGCAGCGGAUAAAUGCGUUUUAUUUUUCCGAUUAGCAUUAGAAGUGACAAUUACUUUGGUUUGAAAAACACAUUAUUGCGUAAUUGCUUGCAUAUGACGCAAAUUGGUUGAAAAGAAUAAAUUGCGGCUCACCCUAUGGUUUUGUAAUAAUGGAAUGAAAAACCCAUUUGGCCCUUUGGGAAUAUCGAUUUGGUACGCUGGUAGUAGUAAAUGUUUACAUUUUUUUUCUGUCAACCAUUUCUCAACAAACGGCAAUCGGGCUACAGCAAAUAUUCUAGUUACAACGAAAAGUUGAAGAAUUGCCUUUCGGAAGUUUUUUAUUUCCUUGUAAAAUACAUGAAAUUGAUUGUCGCAAUAAGUAAGAAAAGCAGCUCAGUGAUUUGGUAACUAAGUGCACUACUUCCGACGCUCCCGUUUUAUGUAGAGGAAAAGAAAGACCGAUUUGCGCUACUGGUGUUGAUUAACAAUUUACAAUUAAUAUGACAAUACGAGUGAGUUUUGGCGAUCUGCCGAAGAGGUUUUUUGUGUGCCGUAAAAGCAAUCUUGAAAACGGAAAUUAGUCCCAGAUCAUGUGAAUUAAAACGAUUAAAUAACCAUUUUCCGAGAAAAACUGAUUUUAUUUGCUAAUCUCUAUUGAAGGUAAAUAUGUUAAACAUGUUGUGUGACCGAAAAUAUGUCAACCAAAUGGUUUGUAUCUAUGUAUAAACGAGCAUAAACUAAACGCCCUUACAUGUUGUGCCGGGAAUGGGGUCGAAAACCCUAUGAU